AUGAAGAAGAAGAAGAGAAAGUGUAUCAAAUCUUCACAACAAUCGCUUUCUUCUACAAAUUCAAUUAUAAUUACAGAACCUGAGUUUUACUUGCCAGAAGAUUGCUGGGAGCAUGUCUUGUCAUUCAUCAUCAAUCCACUCGACGACGGAUCCCAAUACAUCAAAUCCCUAUCUCUCGUCUCAAAACAGUUCCUCUCCAUCACCAACCGUCUCCUAUUCUCUCUCCGAAUUUAUCAUCCACAACUUUGUUUUCUCUAUCGUUUCUUCCAUAGAUUCUCCAACCUUAAUUCCCUUGACCUCUGGUUCAGCUCCCGUGAUCUCCAUCCAGACAUUGCUUUGGCUCUCCGUGACAGACCAACCUUGAAAUCUUUAUCUAUUUUUGGGAUUGACCUAAAGGGUCCAAACUAUGUUACUUCACAAUACAUUGAUUCCUUUGUGAGUUUGAAGGGUUUGAUUUCUCUUAAGAUUCAUUGUUCUCAAAUCUCUGAUGAUUUUCUCUGCUCUUUUGCAAGACAAGGUCUUUCUUUCAAGAGUUUUAUUCUUAAAAAUUGUACUGGCUAUAAUUACCCAGGAAUUUAUGGUUUAUUAUCUAAGUGUGGUGCGAUACAACAUUUGAGUCUUCAACCGGUUGACUUUCUAAAUAAUCAUCAUGUUUUCCAGCUCUCUUUGCUUCUUCCUGGUUUGAUAUCUAUAAACCUUAGCCAAAAUUCCAACCUCACUAAAUUAGCUUUAUUUGCACUCAUUAAAAAUUGUCAUUCACUUAAUGAGAUCACAAUGGAAAACAUAUAUAAUUUUGGAGGAGAGAGUGUGGAAAAUUCUGAUAUUAUGAAGGAUUUUAAUGUCAACCCUCAAUUAAAGUUUUUACAUUUUUCAAACAAUUCUUUAAUAAAAGACGAGAUCCUCAUAUUGUUUGCUUCGAUCUUCCCUAAUUUGCAGCUUCUCGAUUUAACUUUUUGUUAUCGCAUAUCUGAAAAAGGUAUUUGUCAUGUUUUAAGUAGAUGUUGUGAGCUUAGACAUCUAACCUUGGACUCUUGUUUUCGUGUGAGAGGACUUAAAAUGAAUUUUACAGUUCACCAGCUAGAGGUGUUGGAUUUAUCUAAUACAAAAGUUGAUGAUAGAACACUCUAUGAGAUCUCAAAGAGUUGUUUUGGACUUCUGAAACUAUUAUUGACAUUUUGCGAAUACGUCACGGAAAAGGGAGUGAUACAUGUGGUUAAAAACUGCACGCAACUGAAAGAGAUCUAUUUGAUAUUGUGUGACGAUAAUGUGAAUGUUGAUCUUAUUGUCUCAACGUUUUCAUCAAGGCCAUCAUUACGUGUGUUUUCAUGA